CGUGGAGGCGCUUGGACGUUUUCAUCGUGUGUGUGUGUGUUUUUGUGCUUUUCUUCAGAAACAAAAAUAAUGUUUGCAAAAACAAAAUAAACACGCAAUUUCUCGAGAAUAUAUUUUUUAGUUUACAGAAAGAAUUAAGAAUCAAUUUCUGAACUGUCAGAAAGUAUCAAAUUUUCUCAUCAACUUGAUAUUUAUAUGAGAAAAGUGUGCCAAAUUUUUUUAUUAAAUCAUGUGUGCGAUGUUGAUUUUUGUUUUGAAGUGAUGCUUGUUCGUCAGUAAUAGCGAGCAAACGACCUGGUUUUUUAACAAUAAAAAGAGUUGAAGAAUUUCCUUUUUCUAAGAUAGGUGUUAAUAUUCUGAAUAGCAGGUGUUUCUGGCAUGAAAGCGAAGUAUUCAGUGUUGAGAAUGGGAACUUUGUUCUUAGCGGAGAAGUGCAUUUGUCUCUCUUGAAAGUUUAAAAGUGAAUUAUUGAUUUGAAAGGAUUUUUGAAAAGAAGAUUGUUCUUUUUAUUGCCUUUCUUUGGAAAGAAAGAAAAAACAUCAGACUUUCGGGAAUGAUUUUUACUGGGAGGUCAGUCGACGCCCUUGAUGACGUUCGAUCAGUUCAAGACGAUCGACGUGAAAUCAAUGCAAUUUCAAUUGCAUCCGGCUGGUUUUCCAGCUUACGAAGAACGGGGAAAAAAUAUAAAAAAGGAUAUCAGAAACAAGCAAAGAGCGCUUGGGAUCUGCGAACUUUGACCACUGCCAGAAACACGCAACUGAAAGAUGAGUUGGGCGAAGUUGUGGCCGAGAUGGAGGCGAUGGAAGGAGGUGGAUUGGCGACGGACGAGUCGAAGCCAUCGAAUAAAGCAAAGCAAAUGUCAAUCGGACGUAAAAAAUUCAAUAUGGAUCCGAAGAAGGGAAUCGAGUACCUGAUUGAACAUAAUCUAUUGACAGCAACACCCGAGGAUGUUGCACAGUUUCUCUACAAGGGCGAGGGACUCAAUAAGACGGCAAUUGGCGAUUAUCUUGGCGAGAGGCACGAUUUCAAUGAAAGGGUACUAAGAGCUUUCGUUGAACUUCACGAUUUCACGGAUUUAAUAUUGGUUCAAGCAUUGAGACAAUUUUUAUGGUCAUUCCGAUUGCCUGGCGAGGCACAAAAAAUCGACAGAAUGAUGGAAUGCUUCGCUCAACGUUAUUGCCAGCUAAAUACAAAUAUUUUCACCAAUACCGAUACAUGCUACGUUCUCAGUUUUGCAAUAAUUAUGUUAAAUACCUCGUUACACAAUCCAAGUGUCAAAGACAAACCAAGUGUAGAGCAAUUUAUUUCGAUGAAUCGAGGGAUUAAUAAUGGUGGUGAUCUGCCACGGGAACUUCUUGUGAGUUUAUACGAGAGCAUAAAAACGGAACCUUUCAAAAUACCGGAGGACGACGGUAACGAUCUGAUGCACACGUUUUUCAAUCCGGACAAGGAGGGCUGGCUCUGGAAACAAGGCGGACGUUACAAGAGUUGGAAACGACGUUGGUUCAUUCUCAACGACAAUUGUCUUUACUAUUUCGAGUACACGACCGACAAAGAACCACGUGGUAUUAUUCCGCUGGAGAACAUUCAGGUCAGAGAAGUACAGGAUCGACACAAGCCUCAUUGCUUUGAACUCUACGCCGCUGGCUCCGAGUUCAUCAAGGCGUGUAAGACAGACAGUGAAGGAAAGGUCGUUGAAGGGAAACAUACUGUUUAUAGAAUGUCUGCUGCGACUGACGAGGAAAAAGAAGAGUGGAUCAAAUGUGUUCGGCAAAGCAUAUCUCACAAUCCAUUCUACGAUAUGUUGGCCGCGAGAAAGAAGAAGGCCCAAAAGACUCAGAGUUCAAAGAGUUAAAAACCGCAGUGUAUAAAAGCCGAAUUAAAUUUCGGUUUGAUGAAUUCAAAGACUGUUCUCGUUCCCCUUGGGUUCAACGUAAUCCUCUUGAGGCUUUGACCAAAAGUAGUCAAGAAAAAAAAAAGAAAAACAAGAAGAGGAGCUUGAACUUCGAUCAAGGAAAUCAAUAUUGUUGAUGAACAACCACGAUAUUUGAUGGGAGUUUUUGUUUUACAAACAUGGUGUAGUACUCAUUGUGUGAAUCAACACUUGAAAGGAAAGAAAAUUUUCCUUAUGAACUUUUUACCAGUCUAGUAUUUACAUUCGUGCCUCACGUAAUCGUAAAGAAAAAAAAAAAGAAAAAAAAAGAAAAGGAAAAUGACUAAUCCGAUUAGUGAAUAAAUCGAAUCGAAGAAUAAUUUCUAUUAUUCUCAUUUCAAAAGUGAAAGUUACUUGAGAAACUAGAAUUCAGUAAUGAUGGUAGAUUAUUCUAGUAUUGAAUUUAAAAAUCUCAAUAUAUCGAAAUUAGAAAUUAGUGAAGGGAAAUGAAAAAAAUAUCUUUAAAAAUUGAUUUUGGCCAUCAAUAUUUACAAUAGUUUCUAUUUUCUUUUAAUAUUUCGUUAGUCAAUUUCCGAAAAAGAACUGAGCCAAAAGACGUAGGAGAAAAAAAGAAAGAAAGAGCCCGUAUGAAAAAAAGACGAAGAAAAAGAAAUUUAAAAAAACGCGUGUAGAUUUUAUUAUUCUUGUAUUUAUUUGAACAAACUUGUAGAUAAGGCUAGUUAAAUUUGUUAAUCUAUAGAUAUAUUUAAAAGAAUAAUAAUCGGUUCAACUGUACUUCGCGUACAGUUUUGUAAGUAUGACCCGAUUGGUCAAAACAUGACACUAGUUUAGGAUUUUUUUUUCUGUAAGUAUUGAUUUGGUUUAUCUAUAAACCAGAAAACACAUCAAAUGUCGCCUACUUUCACACACUAUUUGUAUAUUAUUCGAAAUGUGUUGAACUGUUCCUAUUUUUUUUUUUAAAGAAAAUUUCUCAUCUAUUUUUGAAAAAAUAGAGUCGCUUCCAUCGUUUCUGGUCAAUUAUCGCGUUAAUAGACAUAUUUUUUAUAUCUAUCUACGUGUGUGUGUGUCUUCCUUUGUAAUAUUUAUAUAUGGAAAAAAUUAAUUAAUUUCGUUUCUCGAUUAUUUACAAAAGGGUCUAAUGUCUCAGUGAUUGUUUAAUAUUUUAAACAUAAUCUACCACUGAAUUUAUACAGUACUUUUUUAGGAAAUAAAAUCAAAAAAGGAGGAAAAUUAUUUUAGAAGUUAAAAUAAUGAGAAGUAAAAUAGACCCUUUUAAUAUUAAACGUUCAUUAAUGAUUUUUUUAAGUAUUUGUACAUUUGAUAAUCGUAUACAUAUAUUUUUUUAACUUUACGUGUAUUAAGUGUAUGAAUAGCGACUCUAUUUUUUUGACAUUAAAUAAGCGCAAAUCUGUUUCAAGAUUUCCGAUUUCGUAUGAAAGAAAUAUUAUAUUAUAUAUAUAUAUAAAUAUUAUAUGUAAAAGACUUAGUACUCGAUAAUAUUGAGUUCUAUAAUUAAUCGAAAUCACCAUUUCUUUUGACAGAAGUUUACUUGUAAAUAACACAAUAUCUAAUAAUGAACAUAAAUUACAUACAUUGUUUUUUGAAACUAGUCCUAGCAGCCGAUCCGUCAUGGAGAAUAGAAAAAUCUUUUCAAUGAAAAACUGUCAAACAUCGAAAUUGCCUUAUUAAUUAGUGAACGUAAAUUUGCUUAAGAUUUUGUAGAUAAGAUUUAUCGUAUGUUUGCGCCUUUUUAAAAAAUAAGUUGAUUGUUUUUCCGACAAACAUAAAAAACAUGACGGACAGUAAAAAUUAUACGCAAAACAAGAAAAAAAGAUUUCGAGAAAUGACCCGUCCAAGAGUCAUUUAUUCUUACAGUCGAACCUUGUUAAGUGAAAUUUAGUUUCUUGAAAUAAUUCAGUAAGAAAUAUUUAAAUAUAAAUUUUAAUUUUCUAACAUAAGGAAAAAAUUGAACACUGGUAAAUAUUAGUAAUUAUUGUUGCAUUAUCAAGCUUUCACUUAAUUAGUUUUGACUGUAGCUGUAUUCUUAAUUUUGCAUAAGGUAUUUAUAUAGUCGUGGGCCAAAAUCGAAUUUUCUGCCACAUGAGUUCAUUUUUACAGUCGAACUCCUUUUAAGGGAGAUAAUAAAGAAUCUUUUAAUCACACUUCAAGGUACGACUGUAUACAGUACAAUAAUUGUAUAAUAUUCCAGAUUCUCUUUUUAAUUAUUGAAUAAUUGGAAAUUUUAAAUAAUCAUUAAUUAAAUAAAUCUUACGAAGACUGACAAAUCUUCUACUAGUGGUAACGAACACAGUCAAACCUCGUUAAGCGAGCAUGAUUUAUUCCUAAACUAUUUCCCAUAAAUAUUAACAAUAGACUAGUGUUUCUAUCGUUUCCCAUUUAACGAGGUUCGACUGUUUUAAUUGAUUAAUACAAAAAUUUAGUGGUCAAUUCAGGCUUUUUGUAGAAUUGUGCGCAGCAACAUUCGUCCCUUGAGCUUUUUAACGGCAAGUGUGUGUGUAACCAGAACAGUAUUUUGUUGUGAAGAAUUUUCACAAAACGCAAAAAAGAUAUAAAAAACGAUGUCCUGUUUGUUUAAUUUAAAAUCGAAUCGUCGUGUCAAUCGUCUUCUGUCGGAACAGUUUAAGAAAAAACAAAGUAAAUAAAACUGAUAUAGAUUCAGCGUGCAAUACGUCAAAUUUGUAUAGAGAUGAAAAGUGUACAUUUUCCUGUAUAUUGUUAUUUUUAUUUGAUAAUUGUUAUGGUUACAUAAUGAAUUAAAUAUCGAAUCGAAAUCAUAUAGUAUGUGUAAUUAUUUAAAUUUAUUAAUAAAAUAAUAUUUUCAUUUCGUUAAA